AUGGCUGCUCCGUCUUCAUCGGAUUCCGACCCCAGCCGAGUUCAGAGUAACGAGACCAACUCGAAAUGGCUGGACGCGCACUACGACCCCCUGGCCAACAUCCACACCUUCUCAGCCUGCCUGGCAUUAGCAGAUUUGCAUGGGGACGGGGAAUACAAGCUGGUGGUGGGUGACCUUGGCCCUGGUGAGCAGCAGCCCCGACUAAAGGUAUUCAAAGGACCCACAGUGCUGACAGAAAGCCCGCUGCCUUCCCUGCCAGCUGCGGCCGCCACCUUCCUCAUGGAGCAACACGAGCCUCGGACUCCAGCCCUAGCACUUGCUUCGGGUCCAUGUGUCUAUGUGUAUAAGAAUCUGAGACCCUACUUCAAGUUCAGCCUGCCUCAGUUGCCUCCAAACCCUGUGGAACAAGACCUUUGGAAUCAGGCCAAGGAGGACCAAAUUGACCCCCUAACCCUGAAGGAGAUGCUGGAGAGCAUCCGGGAGAAGGCAGAAGUACCUUUGUCUGUACAGUCCCUCAGGUUUCUGCAGUUGGACCUAAGUGAAAUGGAGCCAUUUGUGAACCAGCACAAGUCCAAGUCCAUCAAGCGGCAGACGGUCAUCACCACCAUGACCACCCUGAAGAAGAACCUAGCUGAUGAGGACGCCAUAUCCUGCCUGGUCCUGGGCACUGAGAACAAGGAGCUCCUGGUGCUUGACCCCGAGGCCUUCACAAUUUUGGCCAAGAUGAGCCUCCCCAGCGUCCCUGUCUUCCUGGAGGUUUCUGGCCAAUUUGAUGUGGAGUUCCGGCUUGCAGCCGCCUGUCGCAAUGGAAGCAUCUAUAUCCUGAGAAGAGACUCCAAACGCCCCAAGUAUGUCAUCGAACUGAGUGCCCAGCCGGUGGGGCUUGUCCGGGUACACAAGGUCCUGGUGGUGGGCAGCACCCAAGACAGCCUGCACGGCUUCACCCACAAGGGUAAGAAGCUGUGGACAGUGCAGCUGCCCGCCACCAUCUUGACCAUGAACCUCCUGGAGCAGCGCUCGCGGGGCCUGCAGGCUGUCAUGGCGGGGCUGGCCAAUGGCGAGGUCCACAUCUACCGUGACAAGGCCUUGCUCAACGUCAUCCGCACCCCGGAUGCUGUGACUAGCCUUUGCUUCGGCCGCUAUGGGCGGGAGGACAACACCCUCAUCAUGACCACGAAAGGUGGGGGACUCAGAGCUGGCAUUGGAGUUGGUGUGAAGGGGGGAACCAAGGUCAAGGCCAGCGAGGCACAAGCCUUGAGGCCCCUUGCCCCGUUCCAGUCUCUGCUCCAUGUCCCCUCCGCAGCCAUGCACCGAACCUUCCAGACGGACCUCUACCUUCUUCGGCUCCGAGCUGCCCGCGCCUACGUGCAGGCCCUUGAGUCCAGCCUGAGCCCCAUGUCAGCGACAGACCGGGAGCCGCUCAAGCUCCACGCAGUGGUUCAGGGCCUGGGCCCCACCUUUAAGCUCACACUUCACCUGCAGAACACCUCGACAGCCAGGCCCCUGCUGGGGCUGUUGGUCUGCUUCCUGUAUAACGAGGCUCUCUAUGCCCUGCCUCGGGCCUUCUUCAAGGUGCCCUUGCUGGUGCCAGGGCUCAGCUACCCCCUGGAGACCUUUGUGGAGAGCCUCAGCAGCAAGGGCAUCUCAGACAUGAUCAAGGUUCUGGUGCUCCGCGAAGGCCGCAGUGCCCCCCUGCUGAGCGCCCACAUCAACAUGCCAGUGAGUGAGGGGCUGGUGGCUGCCUGAGCCCCCGCCAGCGGCCGAGCCCCAGUGGAAUGGAGCCAGCCACUUCCUGCCUGGGUGGACCCAGCGGAGUCAGGCCACACCCUACGCAGCCCGGCCACGUGCUGGGUCCCAGCUUCCCCUCCUCUCCAAAGCAGCCCCGCACCACCGAGGCCUGAGCAGCAAGCCAGUGAGCACCCAGUGCCUCCUCCCUCAGGACCACCCAGCACCCUUCCCAGCUCCUUCCAGAAACCUUACCAGGUCCCAGAAAGCUGUGAAACAGUCUAUGUGAGAAGAGAGGCCCUGCCCUCCUCCACUUCUUCCCUGAGGCACACAGGCUUCCUUCAUAGGCCUGGCUGGAGCACGCUUUUCUUGAGGAAGGCUGUGCUCAGUCACCCCUGGGGUUCGGGGGCUGCAGGUGAAGCACGAAGCACAGGCAUCGAUACUUUUCCUUGGCAAGCCAUAGGUGCCACUUUCCCCUUGUGGCCCAGAGAAAUGCCACCUUCCCCAGGACAUAUUUCCCACGUCCUGAGCUCAGUCACUCCCUCAAGCCCCUUGAGGCCCAGGAAGUGUUCCAAUUUAAGCGGUGAUACUAGAGGGCAGCGGGGAUCCAUGGAGGGCGUUAGAGAUCCCAACCAUCCCGAGCACCCUCCUAAAGGACAGACAGCAGCUGCUUCUGACCUGGAUGGCCAAAGACAACAUUCCUGGAGAGGAAGGCUGCGCUAGGCGGCACAGGUGGGCUGGGGGCACCAGAACAGGCAUUUGUGGGGCUUGGGGAGGUAGUCCAGAAGGCAGACACUCAGAAGUGCCCAGCAGGAUGCUAUUCUACACCUGAGAGCCAAGUCACCCCCGUGGAUGGAAAGUUCACUAGGCAAUGAGCAGAGUGGGACAGAAUAUACUGGAAAAGUGCCCACCAGAAGUGUGGAGUGAAGCUGAAGGUUAAAGGAAGCCACCUGAAGCCUGUUGAGGGUCAGGUCAGGCUUGCUGCUUCCAGGCCUAUCCAACCCC